UACUAUUUCUAAGGGCACGAGCUUCAAAUUGCGGUUCAGACUGGCCAUCUAAAUUUGUCUUUUAAUUUAAGCCUUUCCAGCAGCACAAAAGAAUCCACUAAUAAAGGUGCAGUACUUAGAAUUCAUAAUGGAUGAACAACAAAGAAUCAACGUUGUUGGUUCUUCCUCCAACUCUUGUUCCAAAUCUCAUGAUGUUUUUCUAAGCUUUCAUGGUGAAGACACCCGUUGGAACUUCACAAGCCAUCUAUAUGAAGCUUUGAAUAAAGAGAAAGUCAAAACUUAUAUAGACGACCAACUUAAAAAGGGAGAUGAAAUUUCACCAGCGCUCAUUAAAGCUAUUGAAGAUUCUCGUGUAUCUAUUGUCAUAUUCUCAGAGAACUAUGCUUCGUCAAAGUGGUGCUUGGGUGAACUUAGUAAGAUUCUGGAGUGUAGAGAAAAAAGUGGACAGCUUGUGAUUCCUGUGUUCUACAUGGUAGAUCCAACUGAUGUGAGGAAACAGGCUGGAAGCUACGAGCAAGCCUUUGUAAAACAUGAGGGAGACCGCAGGUGCAAACAAUGGAAAGCUGACCUAACUAAAGCUGCCAAUUUAGUUGGGUAUCACUCUAAAAAUUACAGGACUCAACCUGAAUUCCUUAAGAAAAUUGUUGAAGGUUUAUUGGGAAAUUUGGCUCCUAGACACCCAAUCCAUCUUAAAGGACUGGUUGGAAUUGAGGAAAGUUUGGCAAAGAUUGAAUCAUUACUAAAACUUGGGUCAAGCGAAGUUAUAACCAUUGGAAUAUGGGGUAUGGGAGGCAUAGGUAAAACCACCCAUGCUACUGCUUUACGUGACAAACUAUCUGAUGAGUUUGAAGGUCAUUGCUUUCUUACAGAUAUAGGGGAAAGUUCACAUGAAUUGAUAACUUUACGUGAAAAACUAUUUUGUAAGUUGCUAGGGAAGAAAGAUUCUGAUUUUAAUCCAUCGGACAUAAGUAGGCUUCGAUAUAAAAAAGUUUUGAUUGUGUUGGAUAAUGUGACUACCUCAGAGCAAUUUGAAAAACUAAUCAAAGAAUAUGAUUUCUUGGGUCCAGGAAGUAGAGUUAUUGUUACAACUAGAGAUAAGCAUAUACUUGGCCCAAAUGACAAAAUAUAUGAAGUCCAAGAUUUAGAUUUUUCUCACUCCUUACAGCUUUUUUGUUUGACUGCUUUUAAAGAAAAAGUACCUAAAGAUGGAUAUGAAGAACUGUCAAGAAGGGUGAUUUCCUAUUGCAAAGGUGUUCCUUUGGCUUUAAAAGUUUUAGGUACAAAUCUUUUUUCAAGAAGUAUAAAAGCAUGGGAAUCAGAAUUGAGUAAACUUCAAAGCAUUCCAAAUAUGGAAAUUCACAAUGUAUUAAAAUUAAGUUAUGAUGGCUUAGAUGUUACUCACAAGGACAUAUUUCUAGACAUUGCAUGCUUCUUCAAAAACGAACCAAGAGGUUUUAUAACAAGUGUAUUGGAAGCUUUUGAUUUCUUUCCAGAAUUUGGGAUAGAAGUCCUUCUAGAUAAAGCUCUCAUAACAAUUUCAAAGUACAAUCAGAUUGAAAUGCAUGAUCUGAUACGGGAAAUGGGUUGGAGAAUUGUUCAAGAAGAAUCUAAAGACAUUGGAAGACGAAGUCGAUUGUGGAAACAUGAGGAUGUGCUUGAUGUGUUGAAACAUAACAAGGGAACUGAUGUUGUUGAAGGCAUAGACUUAGAUUUGUUUAAAUUAACUAGGGAUCUAAAUGUGAGUUUCAAUUCCCUUGCAAAGAUGACUAACUUGAGAUUUCUUCGAAUACACGGAGUAUGGAUGUACGAGUGCAAGUAUAAUGUAUACCUUACAAAUGAUCUCAAUGAAUCAUUUAACAAAUUGAGGUAUCUUUACUGGGAUCAUUUUAAGCUGGAGUAUUUUCCAUCUAACUUUUGUGUUGAACAACUUGUAGUGCUUCGCAUGCGUCAUAGCAACCUCAAAAAGCUUUGGAAUGGAGUUCAUAAUCUUGUGAAUUUAAAGGAAAUUGACCUUUCGUUCUCAAAAUACUUGAUUGAAAUACCGGACUUAUCUACGGCACAAAAACUUGAAAAAGUAUGUCUUAGCUGGUGCACAAGCUUACAUCGGCUUCAUCCAUCCAUUUUGUGUCAUCCCAAGCUUACAUAUUUGGAUUUAAGCUACUGCGAAAAGAUUGAAAGACUUAACAUCCAUUCAAAAUCUAUGAGAAAACUAUCUCUCUCCCAUUGUUCAUCUCUCAAGGAAAUCUCAGCAAUGGUAGAGGAAAUGAUGCUCCUAGAUUUAGCUGGCUGCAAAUUGAUUGAAAGCUGUCACCUUCAGUCAAAAUCUCUAACCAGACUAUCUCUCAAUGGUUGUUCAUCUCUCAAGGAAAUCUCGGUGGUAUCAGAUGAAAUGAAAAGUUUGAACUUAUCUGGCACGGCUAUACGUGCAUUGUCAUCAUCGAUGCUAUCAUGCCCCAAACUUAAAAAUUUUCAUUUAAUUGAUGACAAAUUCAUUGAAAGCCUUGACCUUCAUUCAAAAUCUCUAACCAGCCUAUUUCUCGAUGGCUGUUCAUCUCUCAAGGAAAUCUCGGUGGCAUCAGAGGAAAUGACAAGUUUGAACUUAUCUGGCACGGCUAUACGUGCAUUUUCAUCAUCAAUGCUAUCAUGCCCCAAACUUGAAAAUUUUUAUUUAACAGAUAACAAAUUCAUUGAAAGCCUUGACCUUCAUUCAAAAUCUCUAACCAGACUAUUUCUCAAUGGCUGUUCAUCUCUCAAGGAAAUCUCGGUGGUAUCAGAGAAAAUGACAAGUUUGAACUUAUCUAGAAGUAAUAUUGAGAGCUUUCCUGCAAACAUCAAAAACCUUUCAAUGCUGAAAGAGCUUUGUUUAAGAGGCUGCAGGGAACUCGUGUCUCUGCCGGAGCUUCCACCAUCCUUGAGAAAGCUUUGUUUAAGAGACUGCAGGAAACUCAUGUCUUUGCCGGAGGAGCUUCCACCAUCCUUGAUAGUGCUUGAGCUAGAUUACUGCAAACUCAUGUCUUUGCCGGAGGAGCUUCCACCUAACCUGGAUAGACUGAGCGCCGGUAACUGCAUUUCUUUGAAGAAAGGGAUCUCUCAACAGGUAGUGUUACAACACAUGUUACACAGCUGCGUACCCUGCAUACACCAACAGGGUUCGUUGAACCAUUAUUUCGCCUUCCCGAGAGACCAUGUCAUGGACGAGUGUGGGUUUCAUACAGCGGAGGGUUCAAUAACUAUUUCUUGUCUUCCAAUAUCUCACUUCAGCGGUUUCAUUUACUGCAUCGUUCUUCCUAAGCGAUUUGUCUCCAAUGAUAUUUUGAUGUCUAUAUAUCAAGAUCACGUAGAGAUGAAGUCCUGGACAAUCAAAGGAAUGCAAUUCUAUAGAAGUUGCGACAAUGCAAUGUCAGAUCACGUCAUAUAUUGUUAUGGUGACCUUAGAGAAUACCACGAAAUAUUAUUAAGUGGGGACAUAACAUUUACAAUCGAAUUUGUUGGAAGCGAAGAAAUAAAAACAGAGUUUAGGGUGUUUCCGGUAUAUCCUACAGCAUCCGGGUUUAAGCUGGGAAUUUGUGAAUCGGAAUCCAUUGACUUGGAACAACUUCCUACAUCGAAGAGGAGGAGGACUCGGCCAUAAUUGAUAAACUUCCUCUGAUGACUUCAUCGGUAUGAAACUCACCCGCUCCUUCAUUGAAGGCUCCUUCUUCUUGUUUUCUUUUUACUUACGGAAUUAGACCAUUGCAUAUAGAAUUUAUCUGUUAAAAUAUUCUAGAAAAUUAAGCCUAGUAUAGUAUGAUAUAUGGCGAUAACAUUAAUUCUAUAGUUAACAUGUUGAGCAGGUUUUCUUUUGAAUCACUUGUAGAGAAAAUUCAUGGGAAAUGGCCACUAGCUUGUUGUGGCUUGGGAGAGUCAAAGCUGCACUUAUAAUUGUUUCGUCGUCUAUCUGUCUUCAUUCAGAAAUAAAAAGGGACAAUGUUAUGAUAUUAA